AUGAACCCUUCUGAUGAUACAGAAACGAGUUGUAGCACGAGCUCGAGUAGUUCUGGCCCUGGUUCUCGGCCCGAAAGGGUCGCUGUUGGGGCUUCACCAGGGAGCGAAGUAUGGAGCCCGGCGGCGGUUGAACACGCCAGAAGUGGAGCUCCUUCCCCUUCGUGCGCUGGGGGGAGGGGUGGUGGCGGCGAGUGGUGGCUCAACGAUGCUCGUGCGUUUGAGAGCCAAGGUAAGGCACCACACGACACAGCCACCUACGACGAUGACGACGAUACCACUCGAGUAACUGUCACGUCUCCUGCUCGGCGUCGAACGGAGGCGUCGUCCACCACAGCUCGGAAUCGCAGAGGAGGCGAAGAUAAGCCGACUUACGGCAGCAAUUCACCUCGCCAGCGACCGUUGUCUGCGCCGCCGAAGGUUUACCAGUAUCCCUUUUCUCGACAAUCGGAGCUUGGAAAGGAAGAGGCUUCUACCGGAAGGUUGCGAUCAAGGGAAACGAUCGGUGGACAGACAGGUACAACCGACGGUAGUGCCGAGGUGCUUGAGCCGGACGGCUGCAAGACCGUUAGGGGCCGCGAUGGGAAGGGAGAUCCCGGAAGGGAUGCAAAUUUAACAUCUCAGCAGCGACUGAGCUUGUCGUCAAUCUUCGGGUCGGCGUCAGAGAGGCGGACGAGCGAGAACAAGCAAUCCGACGCUCGAUCCUCGAUGUUGGUGAGCGAGAAUGAGGGGGCCGUGAAGCGUGGAAUAGCCAGAUCUGCUUUUCUGGAAGGGAGAAACGAGGGGGGAGAUGGGAGCAACGCUGGUGCUUCGUUGUCGCCUCAAACCUACGGGCUUCAUCGAUGGAAGGAGUACGCGGUGCUGAGGCACGGGGGGAAUAAGCGGUUCGUCAACAGCCAGCAUGGUCGCGAAAUUCUCGUCGAAACAGCCUCGACGAUUCGCACCAAAGAGGUGGCGGAUCUGAACCGCGAACUCAAAGAAAUGAGGGCUUUGGUGCAAGAAUUGCACAGCGCGUUGCAUGCCGAGCAGGUCGAGAAGUCAAACCUACAGGCCAAAAUCGUGCUUCUGGAGAGAGAGGUUGAAGGGAUGGACUUUGCUCGAAGGCGUUGGUUGAGGGAGAAUGCGAGCAACCGUGGCCGUGGGUCCAACCUGGAAAGACGGCUAGCGGGAAACACGGGAAACCUGCGGACGUUUUUGUUCGGAGCUGACGCAAAGCCGGAGGCGACCAGGCAAUUGGCAACCAGAGACGCUUCCGAAGCACCUGGAACUUUUAGGCCAUCGGCCACAUGCAGUGGGUCGCCGGUGGCCUCGUCCCGCGCGCACAGCGGUGUAGGUGGCGCCGCCACAACUGCCUCGGAGAUGUCUACGGGCGAGGAAGGGGACAGGGAUAUGGCGGCCAUCGGUGGCACAACGGCGGAACGAAAUGCCGUGCGGCGAGCGCGUGAGACGGCGGAGCUUGAGAGAAGCGAACUACGCCGGAGGCACGACGUUGAGAUGACCGCGAAACAAUCUCGGAUCGAGAGGCUCAAGCUCGAGGUACGCAGGCUGGAGGCAGAGAGGGACGGCCUCAAACAGGCGGCGGAGACCCAGGUAGGGCUGUUCAAGGAUGGCUACGCCGAGUUAAAGACUUGUCUUGAGGAAAUGAAGGCACACGGGCAAUCGCCGCCACCAGACACCUCGCGCAGUCCGGCAGACUCGUGUUCCGAAGAGCAGGCAAGGCCCGGUGGUGACGGCCGGGGGACGAUCAAAUCUGCCGAGGGAAGAGAGCGUUGGAUGCAGACUAUGCUAGCGACCGAGGAGGGGCUUAAUUGCCAGGUGCGGAUGCUCCAGGGCCUCCUGCUGGAAGCGGUCUCAGCGGCGACCCCGACCGUCGUCAUGCCUGCAGCGGUCACACAGGCCGUCGACUCCAUCCGUCAAGGCCUAGGGCUACCUCCGCUGGUUCACUCCCCGGAACGGGCCGCCCCUGCUCUUCGCGGCAUGCCGUUUUCCUCUUCAUCCCGCUAUCCCACCGCCGCCGCCGCCGCUACCGUAGCCGUAGCGGAGUCAAUGCACAGCAGUAGUGAUCUUGAGACAGCGGGCUGUGGUCCGCAUCGCGAAAGCGGCGUCGAGAGGCACUUCCGUCAAGGCCCGAGGGUCGAGUCCCCGACCCAGUACGGACCGUCUGAAAGAGGGCAACAAUCCCGUCACUACCACCACCAGAUCCAUGGCGAUCGCCGCCCGCCUGGGCUAACAGCAACACCCGACGCGACCUCGGUUUCGUCGACGGCGGAGAGCACCACAACCGACAAGCGUCUUGAGGUAGAUGCCACGGGUGGCACCAGCAGUCAGGGCAAGGUCGCCGGUAGGGACAUCCGCCCCAACGACGUCGACGACGACGACAACAGCAGCUGUACGGGCUCCGAAGGGAGCGGUACCCUUUGGGUGCGAGUGGCGCCGACAGACGAAAGCUCUUCUGUGGAAGAAGACUUGAACUCCCCGUCCUCGCAGGCGAGCUACCGACACCACGGCAUCGGGCCCGGUGCUUCUAGGUGGAGGGGGCGGGACGACAUCCUCGAGCGAUACCUCGGUGGCGGGAGGGGUGGGGUGCCAAAUGAGAACCCCGAGCCCGAAGGUCAGCCUGAAGGCAAUCAACCAAGCCAUGAGUGGCCUUCGUCCCCUCGUGCGCGGUCUGCUGCUGGUCCAGGCAACGGCAGAAGAAGUCGCUGGCAAACGCCAGAGAGAGGUAGCAUUAGAAAUAGUGAUACCGACCGGCCGCAUUCUGGCCCAGGGGAAGAGACGCUCAUCCGAAACCUCCCCGACGAAAGUGGGGCAGGGGCGGAGAGGGGAAACAGGCGCAGGAGAAUGUUGGGUGCCAAGCUGGCUGCAUCUGGAGGCGCCAUGUCGGUGGGUAGCUUAGAGGGUAUGAGGACCACCAACCCCUCCGAUACUCGGCCGUGCGUGCUAGAUGUCGUGGAGCACGAUGGGUCUCUGAGUGGAGAUGGAAAAUGCACAAGAAACGCGAGUAGCGAGGGUUGGGGUCGUCGGGAUAAACUCCCCGCGGGGGUGCAGAAAGCGAUUUCGAACGAGUUCGACGGCCACCGGUGA